CCAAAAGCUUUUAUCUCUCAAGAACCCAAAAAAAAAUGGCUAUAAUGAAGAGAUCUUCAAAACUAACUCAGACAGCAAUGCUGAAGCAGAUUCUAAAAAGAUGCUCUAGCUUAGGAAAGAAGAAUGGAGGAGGGUACGAUGAAGAUCUCCUCCCACUUGAUGUACCAAAGGGACACUUUCCUGUCUAUGUCGGAGAGAACAGAAGCAGAUACAUUGUCCCAAUCUCCUUCUUGACUCACCCUGAGUUCCAAUCUCUCUUAAGACGAGCUGAGGAAGAGUUUGGAUUUGACCAUGACAUGGGUCUCACCAUUCCUUGUGAUGAACUCGUCUUCCAGAACCUAACCUCCAUGAUCCGAUGAACUUUUAAGUUAAAUCAUUUGAAGAAGAAGGAGAAGGAGAUGGUUAAAGAAGAAGCAGGAGCUUCUCUUUACAAGAAAACAGCAUCUCUUCUCUCUUUUUAAGUUUUUGUUCUUCUAUUUUUAAGCCCAUCUAGGGUUUUUACGAGUUAGUUUACUCGUCUAACAAGAAAGAAACCUGUAUGAGAUAUAGAUUCCAUGGGUUUAGAUCUGUAAAAAAAAUCUUGUAAUGUUUUCCUCGCAGAUCUUGAUUCUGUGAGAGAAGUUGAUUAAUUAAUGCAAAAAAAAUUAUUCCUC